AUGUCUGCGGCUAAGAUGGCCUUUGUCAACAGCAUCAUGGUGCUCGUCGCCGUGUUCGCUGCCGGUGUCUUUGGCGCCGCCCAGGCUCCUUAUUCGAAUGGCCAGGUCACCGAGACUGCUCCUCCCCAGGAGCUCGGAUCCACCACCUCGGCUGGCUCGCUGGUCUACUCCCUCAACAUGUGCACCAUCGUCCACUCCACCAACUGCCAGGUCUCCCUGUCGACUGGCGGCGCCGCGCCCCCAGCUGCCAAGUCCUCCGCCGCCGCGGCUGCGCCCGCUCCCGGCUCCGGCAGCAGCGCUGCGGGCGGUGGUUCUGGCGGUCCGCCUCCCACUGCUUCAGACAAGCCCGCCGCGCCCACCGUCAUCACGAGCACCAACGCGGGCGGCAGCCCCGUCGUCGUGACCCAGACCCCUGGCGCUGAGUCCUCCGCCCUCGCCGGUGGCCGCACCCUCUCCUCUGGCGCUGGUGCUUCUGGCUCUGCCACGGAGUCUUCGACCGGUGCCGAGGCCACCCAGUCGCCUGGCGGUGCUUCCGGUACUGCCUCUGGCUCUGGCGUUCCGCCCACUCCUACCGGCGGCGCCAACAACGCCGUCGGCCUUGUCAAGGGCAUCGCCUAUGGCGCCGCGGCCAUGGCCAUGGCUUUCGUCGUCUAA